CUUGCACCUUACAUGCAUUUGUGAACCCUUUAUAUUUUUUUUUUACCAUAUAUAUGCACCUCCCUUUUUGUGUUUUUCCUUUAAAGCUUUCUUUUUUCAGCUAAUCUUCAAAUCUUUAUGAAGAUCUGAAGUGGGGUUCCAUCUGUUUGUUGUUUUGACACACUGACUUUAAGUUGAAUCUUCAUCACCCAACUAACAUCUGUUGUUCUUAAGGGUUGAAUAUCUUCUUGACUUUAUGCUUUGUUUGGUCUCCAGAUUGAGGUCACUUCAAGAACAUGUGUGUCAGUGUGUGAAUAAUCAAGAAUCUAGCUUGUUGCAUGAUGGUUAUGCCCUAAAAACUUUUGGACAAGAAAUACGAUGUUUUAAUAUGAAGAUCUGGUGAAAUAAGGAUGCCGAACCAGCCAUGGUUUGUACUGCAAAUGAUUUGUUGGGGUGGAAAGAUUUUCCAAAGGGCCUUAGAGUCUUGCUCCUUGAUGAAGACAUCAAUUCUGCAACUGAAAUAAGUUCAAAACUAGAAGAAAUGGAUUAUGUUGUUUCUAUGUUCCAUUGUGAGAAUGAAGCCUUAUCAGCCAUUUCAGACGAAAAACAAAGCUUCCAUGUAGCAAUAGUAGAGGUGCGAGAACACAACAAAGAUGGACGGUUUAAGUUUCUUGAAAACACCAAAGAUUUACCUACAAUCAUGACUUCAGAAGUGAAAUGCAUAAGUAUCAUGAUGAAGUGCAUAGCGCUUGGUGCGGUUGAGUUCCUUGAGAAACCACUUUCAGAGGAUAAACUUAGAAACAUAUGGCAACAUGUGGCUCACAAGGCGUUUAAUGCAGGAGCAAAAGAGCAAACUGAACCACUGAAAUCGGAUCUAGACAUUUAUUUGAAGAAAGAAGAUGUAGAGGAAGAAUUUCGUCAAAACCAAGAACAUAAUGAUGAGGUACCAGUUGAAAUCGAUAAAUAUCCAGCCCCAUCAACCCCACAAUUGAAGCAAGGAAUGAGAUUAGUUGAUAAUGGGGAUUGUCAUGAUCAAGAUCAAACUAACAUAUCGAUAGAGAAAGAGUGUGUUGAUCAUGAUGGUGAAUCUAAAUUUGUCGAAACUACUUGUGUUGUUGAUGCUACCGCUACUCCUUUUGUUACUGGUACUGACACUAGUUUAGAAGAGGGUAUUGUCAAGCCUUUAAGUAAUGAAUGUUGUACUGAUGGUAAGAAGCAAAGUGAAGCAUCUGAGCGUCCUAAUUCACGGGCCACAAAAUCUAGUCGAAGAAAGAUCAAGGUAGAUUGGACAUCUGAACUACACAAGAAAUUUGUCCAAGCUGUAGAGCAACUUGGUGUAGAUCAAGCAAUACCUUCUCGUAUACUUGAACUUAUGAAUGUUGAAGGUUUGACCCGCCACAAUGUUGCAAGUCAUCUGCAGAAAUAUAGAUUGCAAAGGCGACAUAUUUUACCCAAGGAUGGCGGUCGAAAAUGGCCUCAAACUAGGUAUUCAACACCAAGAAACUACUAUCCACAGAAGCCCAUCAUGGCUUACCCUCCAUAUCAUUCUAACCACGCUCUUCCACACGCCCAAGUUUAUCCCGCUUGGCCACCUCCGCAGAAUUACGCUAUGCCACCUCAGAUGUGGGCUCCACCAUAUUACCAAGCGUGGCAGUCUUCGGAGAACUGGAUGUGGAAUCCUUAUCCAGGGCUACAAGCAGAAGCAUGGGGCUGUCCAACCGUAUCACCACAAGCGUCUUUUCCUCAAUUUCAGAGUAGGGGUUCAAUGCAGAGUAGACAAACUAUGGAAAAGAAUUCAUUUGAGAAUUAUCCGGGAGAUGAAGUCAUUGACAAGGUUGUGAAGGAAGCAAUAAAUAAGCCCUGGCUGCCCUUGCCGCUGGGCCUCAAACCACCGUCUACCGAGAGCGUCAUUUCUGAGCUCUCAAAACAAGGAAUCUCCACCGUUCCUCCGGGAAUCAACGGCUGUCGUUGAUGCUGACAUGUUUGCCACCUCAGGAGUCCUGCUUGUGUAGUGUGCACACAAUAAAUUUCUUCUGAUCCUAUACAUUGCCAUUCACAACCUUUCAAUGUGGUUGUAAAUAGAUCCUAACUUAAGACAUUUUGAUUUGUGACCCACGAAUUUUGCUUGUGGGACCCAUUGAUAUCUUAUGUGGGGCCCAUGUUGGUGGUGAAGAACUGGCCUAUGUAAUAAAGGUUGUACAUCUUUGAAGAGAUGGUAUAGGUGGGGCUCAUAAAAGGGACAGAUAUAUGGUCCAAAUUUUCCUAUUGAACUGUGAUACAUAGUUGAUUUUUCCAGAGCAACAGUUGAGCAAUCCAGAGCUGAAAUGCUUAGUUGACUUAUACAUUGUGCAGUGGAAGUAGUACCUUAUUCUGGAUUUGUCAACUUCAUCUUUUUAAGAGUGGUAGAGUUAUGACAGUUCUUUAUUGGAUGCCCU